GCAUUUGGACAAAUGAAGAUGCGGUCCAACCAAGAUUUCUCUAAAGUAUUUUCAUAUUUCCACAGUCGCUAAUUUUUUUCCUUCAGGAGAAUCUUCACGAUUGUUCAAUUUUAUUUCGGCUCUGUGCCGCCAAUUAGGUCUGCUACAGAAUUCAUCAAAGGGACUGCGUCAAAAGAAGCAGAGCGGCAUGCUGUGUGACUUGUCAGAGUUUGAUACUUAUCGUCUAGCAACCCGGAUGCUUUGCUGUGUUUGCCUGAAAAAGGAGAAGUCAGUGCUGUUGGAGCCCUGUAGGCAUGUCUGCUUGUGUUCGGAAUGUGCGAUCGAUCUAAACAAGAAAGAAAUACCCCGUUGUCCGAUGUGUCAUUUCAUUGUCAAGUAUCAACACGAAGUAUUCAUUUGA